UGCUAAAUGACAAUGGUGCAAUAGUUUUUUACAAGUAAUAUUUCUAUCAUUAAGGGCCUUUAUGCGAAAGAAAGACUGCAAUGUGACAAGGUGGACAUGCAGCACUCUGGCCCAUGCACGCCAGCAAGAUGGCACAUCAUGUGGUGUCCUGGCCUUAAAAUUUGCAGAGAAAAUAUUGAAAGGGCAGCCAAUUAACAUUGAGACGCACCUUUCGGCUGUGAACAAUUUGAGACUGGAUAUUGCCACUAUUCUCCUUCAAGAAACAGAUGAUCUCAGCAAGGUCUGUCACAGCUGUGGGAUGGAGGAGAGCGAUAACCCUCAAUGGAUCUGCUGUGACAUCUGUGAUAGGUGGUUUCACCAUGAGUGUGUCCUGAGGCCAGAUGUGGAUGGGGAUUACCUGUGCCCUGCGUGUUCAUGAUGAGGGGAGUGUUGGAAGUAUUAAACUAUAUUUAUGUUAUCCCCUUCUGCCCAAUAUAUAAUAAUAUUUCUGUUUAUAGAUGUAUAGUUUUUUAUGAGGAGUUACAUUUUAUUACCAAAAAGUGUUCUUGUCUUUGUGUUCACUUUAUUUGACGUUUGACUUUUAAUAUUGUAUAUAUAAAUUAUUUAACUAUUGGUGGAUUUUGUUAUUUGUUUGUAUUAAAAUAAAUUGCAUUAUACCUUGUUUGAUAAGAAAUUAUAUUUCUUCUCCUCUGACCUGAAAAAACCUAUUUAAUUACAAGACUGGUUUCAGAUUAUAUUAUCGUAAUACCGAUGUAUUUAUGAUGUUUGGUGUGACAGGGACUUUAUCUCUAUUGUGAGGUAAACUUUGUUAGAGAAGUCCCAUGUACCAAGAGCUGGGGACACUGUACAUACCAAGAAAAACAUAGGGGGUGCAUUCUCAGGCAGCUGGCCUGAACGUCCUGCCUGAAAAUGCAAAUAACUCCACCUCUGGAGGUCCAAUUUUCACAUGGUUUUCAGUGUACACCGGGGGGGCUAU